CACCUAGAGAAGGCCAGGCUCAUAGAAUCCAGAGAGCGAGAGAGCCAUGCCCGUAGGCAGAUGCUGGAGGAGGAGAGGAGGCGGCGCGAGGAGGCUGAGAAGAGGCUGCAGGACGAGACGGUGCACAGGCAGCAGCUGGUGGACAAGGAGGUGAAGAUGAGGAGCAAGAACUUCUCCCAGGCCCGUCCUAUGACUCGUUACCUGCCCAUCCGCAAGGAGGAGUUUGACCUGCGCUCCCACAUCGAGUCAUCCGGCCACAACGUGGAGACCUCUUACCACGUGAUCCUCACAGACAAGAUGUGUAAGGGUUACCUGGUCAAGAAGGGCGGCAAGAUCAAGUCGUGGAAGAAACGCUGGUUUGUCUUCGACCGCCUCAAAAGGACCUUCUCCUAUUACGUUGACAAGCACGAGACCAAACUGAAAGGAGUCAUCUAUUUCCAGGACAUUGAAGAGGUCUAUUACGAUCACCUGCGUAGCGCCACGAAGAGCCCCAAUCCCUCGUUGAUUUGUGUGAAGACUCACGACAGACUCUACAUGGUGACCUCUGCCCCGGAGGCCAUGAGGAUAUGGAUGGAUGUUAUAGUAACUGGAGCAGAGGGCUACACGCAGUUCAUGAACUAAGAGGAGACUUGUGUACGGUGGCCUAGCAGUGAAACGAUCACAAGGAGACUGCUGGGACACUUCAAUAGACUCAGGCCUUAUCCCUCCCAGUAUUGGGAAAUUGCCUUUUGUUAAGUUCAUUGUAUCUAUUUUUAAAUCACUUUACAAUAGACGUUUUUCUACUUGCUUCUGCCCGCAGAUUGAAAAAGACACUGUAUAUAACCAAUGUCAGACCUUCCGCUCAAAAGCCUUUAUUUUUGCCAAAUUGAGUGUUACAGGCUCUUGCUUGCGAGACCUACUUUGUGUAUCAGUGUCUAAUAGUUCACUUUUUUUUAAUAGGAGAAUAAACCUAAUUGAAACCA